AUGAAUAAAUUAAUCGGCAUUUCGAGGAAAUUUUCGACGUCCACCUCGCUAAAUGCAAUAAAAACCGUCACCAUAGUCGGUGGCGGUUUAAUGGGAAGUGGGAUAGCCCAGAUUGCAGCCCAGGCCGGACAAACUGUAACAAUAAUUGAUCUAAACACUGAAGUUCUAGAAAAGUGUCAGAAAUCAAUUGAAAACAAUUUAAAAAGGGUAGCAAAGAAGAUUCACAAAGAUGAUGCAGCUAAGAUGGAAAACUUUUGUAAGGAGUCACUUGCAAGGAUCAAUGUAUCAACAAAACUGGAAGAUGGCACUAACGCCGACUUAAUUAUUGAAGCUAUUGUAGAGGAUUUGAAAGUCAAACAACAACUUUUUAAUAAAUUGGAUGAGCUCGCACCACAACACACUAUUCUGGCAACGAAUACCUCGUCAAUAUCGGUGAAUGCCAUCGCUGCAGGAAUUAAACGAAAAGAUAGGUAUGGAGGUCUUCAUUUUUUCAAUCCAGUACCAGUGAUGCGUCUGCUAGAAGUAAUAAAAAGUGAUCAAAUCUCGGAUGACACAUAUCAGACUAUGAUGGAAUGGGGAAAGUCUGUCGGAAAAACUUGUAUUACUUGUCAUGAUACACCAGGGUUUGUUGUGAAUAGGUUGCUGGGACCCUACAGCGCAGAAGCUGUGCGACUUUAUGAAAGAGGUGAUGCUUCAAAAGAGGAUAUUGACAUAGCUAUGAAACUCGGUGCUGGAUAUCCAAUGGGCCCAUUAGAACUUAUUGAUUACACAGGCAUAGACACAAAUAAGUAUGUCUUACAAGUCUUAUAUGAAGCCACCAAAGAUCCAGUGUUCAGGCCCAGCCCCUUACUUGACAAAAUGGUAGCCGAGGGCAAGCUUGGAGUCAAAACUGGUGAAGGUUUAUAUAAAUACAAGAAGUAA